UUCGCCAACACAAGCGGUAUCAACCCCCGCCUAACGGCCUCCCAUUCAUCCCACUUUGGCCGACGCCCUCAUUGUAUUAUACAUAACACACCCACCCACUCCGACACGACACGACUUUUAUCACUGCGCUAACAACUUAAGUCUAAUCUCAACGCAAAAAUGCUCACUCAGUCGCGCCGACUUCCCGCAGAGCACUUCGCCUCCGACGCGUCUUUCUCUCGCGCACGCAGUAGGAGCCUCGCAGGUCCCAUAGCCGUUCCGCUCGGCUCCGCCUAUUCUGAACCGCGACACGUUCGCCCGCCUCACCGGAGGUCUGCAAGUACUCAUCACCGUGACCCCGCAUAUGAACGCGACUAUGAGCUCGCAAGGUCGCACAGCCGGCAUGGUUCUGUUGGUCGCCAUCCGGAAUUCCCCAACGUAGUGCCUGCAAAUAUUGCUACAGCAGGCUCCAAUUCCAGUCACCAUUCUCGGGGACGGGAGCAGUCGCGCUCACGCGUCUCUUCUUCAUCUUCCCACCGAGACACCUCUGCACACUCCAUGACACGACCCAACGCAGUACGCCGUUCAACCUGGCAGGGACCACCUUCAGGUACGACAUUCGCCCCUUCCCUGAAGAUUCAUCGCCAGCUUGCGUCGAAUAACGGGUCUCCUGCUAUUCUCUACGACGUUACACGUGCUCCGUCCCAUGACAAUAUUCUCGCUCCACCACCUACAUCCCUCUUAGCAUCCCUUACACGCCGUUCGCGAGCACCACCUCAGCCAGUACCGGCACAUACACUGGCUCUUCCCGCCACCCGUCCAUUUGUGCCGUCACUCAGACUUUCUCUCCCUGCAUCAAGUUCUAGCAUGCCAGUUCCUCUUCCGCGCGAUUGGGUUAUUAAUGCUGUCAGCAUUGGUACAACAGACCCGGCACAUACAGCACUCACGAACCUCGACGUUCUUCACGCUGUCUACUCUACUCUUCGAGAACCAGUCUCUCGCCGAGAAUGGGAUGCGCUUGGAUCAGGCUCAAAUGCACAACGCCGCAUUGCCGAGGCGUACUCGAAAAGAUGCGAGAGAUCGGGUAGGCAAAGCGAAUGGGACGCAGGCGUGAGGCGGGUAGACUAUCUUUGCGGACGAACAAUGAUGUGCGGGAUUGAGUGCCGACCAGAUGGGAUGUGCGAGCUCGUCUUCACGAAAGCCCACGCGUGAGCCAUCCCUCUCUUCAGCCGAGCCUCGAAAGCUCGGUCUUGUAAAAUCCAGUUGGACGUGUACUCCCUGGACUCACCCUUCCCUCUUUCCUUACGCGAUUUACAUUACCGCCGACCCUCCGACUUAUUUUUUUCCCAUUCUCUCUUCUCGUCGUUUGCUUUAUAUCUACCCACGGACAGGGACUAUUGCGUCUACAUGUGGUAUAUUCAUGAUAUUUUUUCUUGAUGACUCAUUUUGUCCUGCUUGGCUCUCUUCUGGUUUCGGUUUUUUUUUUUUUGGUCUGUUUCGUUACUGUUGUCACCACUCCCAGCUACUCAUACAUCCCGAAAUUCGUAUUCCUCUCCUCGCUUCCCUUGUCCGCAUUUUUUAGCAUCACGUCUUCUUUAUUCUUCUUUUUACCUGCUUCUUGUAAGAUAUCAAUAUCGCUAUACGGCGGGCGUCUGUGUCACUCGCCUUUUACUUUGGCUUUUCAUUUUCUUCCGUCUUCCAUUGUCCUCAUUUUGACUUCUUACGUCUUUCAUGCUUUGCUACCUCCUUUUGCUUUCCUUUUUUGACAUCUUACCUCGCGCAUGAUCCGUAUGUCGCCUUUGUUAUGCACGUGCAUAUGCCCUUGCUAUCGAAACUAUCGAAAACGUUCUGUUCCAUGCUCUUCCCGUUAGGGGAAAAGGGGGGAAAAAGUUCUUUUACCCAACUGUAUUUGUAUUAUAAAUGGGAGACAGGACUCAGCGU